AUGCAGACCCUGGGGGAGGAGUAUUGCGACAUCCUGCAGAUGGCCGGCCGCCCGCCCCUGACCAUCAGUCAGGCGGCGGCCGGCGCCGCUGCAGCCGUUGCAGGCCCGCCCUCGCGGUCUCUGCCCGGCGUGCCCGUUUUCGACGCGCGGGGCCCCGUCGCGCUCGCGGCGCGCGUGGCGCUGGCGCUGCUCCAGGCCGGUGGCCCGUACAUCGCCGAGCGCGUCGCGGCGGCGCUGGGCAGGGCACGCGCCGGCGAGGGGUGGGGCGGCGCCGGAGACGCGGGAUCGGUGGGCAUAUUUGGCGGUAGCACCGCAGAUGCCGGAUUAGAUGGCGAGCAGCAGAGCUGCGCGGGACGCGGCAGCAGCGGAGCCGUCGGCAGCGGCGAUGAAGGCAGCGAGCGGCAUGCGGCGGGCGGUGCCGAGGGUGGCGGGCGCCUCUCCCGCUGGCAAUCCUGGUUUGCAAGGCCGCUGGGGCUGGCGCGCACGCUGCAGCAGCGGGCAUCGCGGUCGAACGCACGCGGGGAGCCGGGCGGCUGGCGGGCCCGGCUCACGAGCAGCCCCGUCCUGGCGCGCGCCCGCGGCGCGGCCGCCGCGCACUGGCCGCAGCUGUGCGAGGCGGGGGCGUUUGUGGGGCGCGCGCACCUGGCGCUGUUCUACCUGUACGGCACCUACUACCACUGGGAGAAGCGGCUGCUGGGGGUCACAUACACCUCCACCUCCCCCUUCCUGGAGCGGCGCGCGUCGUACAAGGUUUUGGGGUGGAUGCUGGUGGCGCAGCUCGCCAUAUCGGCAGCCUCACAGGCAGUGCCGCACCUGCAGCUCCUGGGGCACAAGGCGGCAGCCGCGGCAGGCACGCCUGCGGAGGGCACGGCAGCAGUGGCGGAGGCGCGGCAGGGUGAGCACGCUGUGCUGCUGCCCGACCCGGGGCCGGCGAUUGCAGCUGGGAUCAGUGCCGCGGGAACAGCUGCGGCGGCAGGGAGGGGAGACGGCGGCGCUGCUGCUGUGGCAGGCGGCGGCAGCAAGCAGCGCGGCGUGAUCAUGGGCGCCGCGAAGCAGUGCCCACUGUGCCUAUCGCCGCGCAGCAACCCGGCGUGCACGCCGUGCGGGCACGUGUUUUGCUGGCACUGCAUCGCGCAGUGGUGCAACGAGAAGCCAGAGUGCCCGCUGUGCCGCGCCGCCGUCAUCCCGCCGCAGCUGGUGUGCGUGUACCAUUCAGAGUUUUGA